CAGCGCGCGCGGAGAAACGAUCAUCUCUCUCUCUCUCUCUCACACACACACACACACACACACACCUCUGCAGUUUAUCCACUUCAUCAGGAUUAUUAUUCAGUUGUUUUUUUCUUUAUUCUUCAGCGAUAUGAAGAUUUUACACACAGCCGCGCGAGCGCUCCUAAACAAAGGCGUGAGUGAGCGCGUGAGCGUGUGUGUGUGUGAGAGAGAGAGUGUGUGUGGACAUGUGUGGUGUAACGGCAGCUUCUGAGCGACACAAAGCCUGAACACAAUGAAGAAACUGCGGAGAACUUUAUCAGAAAGCUUCCGCCGCGUCGCAUUAAAGAAAGAGGAUGGAGGUUUUGAUGAGAUAUGCGUCUCCAAGAUGUCCACCCGAGGGGGCCAGGGUUCGGACUCGCUCUUCAGGCCCCUGGACUCGAUCCCUGAGGAACGCCGAGCACGAGUCCAGCGCACUCAGAGCGGCUUCGAGCCCUUUGAGAAGCACGCCAGCCAGGUGAAGAGAGUGCACUCGGAGAACAACGCCUGCAUCAACGCCUCGGGGAGCAGCACACACACAGAGUCACCCAAACUCCGCCGUCACUCCAGCCCCAGCUCCCCAACCAGUCCAAAGUUCGGGAAAGUUGAUUCCUAUGAGAAGCUGGAGAAACUUGGAGAGGGUUCAUAUGCCACCGUCUACAAGGGCAAGAGCAAGGUGAAUGGGAAACUGGUGGCUUUGAAGGUGAUUCGGCUGCAGGAGGAGGAGGGAACACCUUUCACUGCUAUCAGAGAAGCAUCUUUGCUGAAGGGUCUAAAACAUGCAAACAUUGUCCUACUACAUGACAUCAUACACACCAAGGAAACACUCACACUUGUCUUCGAAUAUGUGCAUACAGAUUUGUGUCGGUACAUGGAUAAACACUCCGGGGGGCUCCACCCUGAAAAUGUCAGGCUUUUUUUGUUCCAGUUGUUGCGAGGUUUGUCGUACAUCCAUCAGCGCUUCAUCCUGCAUCGAGACCUCAAACCCCAGAACCUGCUCAUCAGUGAGAUUGGAGAACUCAAACUGGCUGAUUUCGGUCUAGCUCGUGCUAAAUCUGUUCCCAGUCACACGUAUUCCAAUGAGGUGGUGACUCUGUGGUACCGACCCCCUGAUGUUCUUCUUGGUUCUACUGAAUAUUCCACCUGUCUGGACAUGUGGGGCGUCGGAUGCAUCUUCAUUGAGAUGAUUCAGGGCGUUGCUGCAUUUCCUGGUAUGAAGGAUGUACAGGACCAACUGGAAAGGAUCUUCCUGGUACUUGGCACUCCAUCUGAGGAAACAUGGCCAGGUGUUCACUCACUCCCUCACUUUAAACCAGAUCGGUUUCCUGUGUAUAGCGCCAAAAAACUUAGACAAGCCUGGAACAAGUUAGGUCAUGUGGAUCAUGCCGAGGAUUUAGCCUCCAGGUUUCUGCAGUGUUUCCCGAAGCACCGAGUUUCGGCCCAGGCGGCGCUGCAGCACGACUUCUUCACCUCACUGACCUCUAAACUGAGGGAGCUCUCAGACAUGUCCUCCAUCUUCUCAGUGCCGAGUGUGAAGCUGCAGCCCGAGUCAAAUGUCACUAACAUCAAAACACACAUCAAAGGAGCUGCAUGUGCUAAACACUGACAGGUUGCGCUCCCUAUGUGUUCUGUCAGGAUGAAGAAAAGACAUGAAGGAGAGUCAACUCUGUUCUUUUAAAUUAUUACUUCGUACGUGUGUGUGUGUGUGUGUGUGUGUGUGUGAGAAUAAGGGGAAUUUCACUUAUUGUCACACAAUAUUAUUAUUUGAAACUUUUUUUUUAAACUGUUUACACAUUAAAACAUCACACACACACACAAUGUGCAGCUUUGUUUAUGUGUGAAUGUGUGUAUUAUGAGAAUGUAUGUAGAGAACCUUCCUGAUCUCCUAUUCUGACUCCGCCUCUUACCACACCUUCCACCACUGGCCACGCCCCCUUCCAUAAUAAAUCAGUACACAUUUACAGUUAUAAUAAUAAUAAUAAUAAUAAUAAUAAUAGUGACAUUGUUUACAGAGACUGAAUUUAAGCAAUGAGCAAACACAAACACACACAGUAAUUUUGAAAUCUCUGUAUGCGUGCAUGUGUGUGUGUGUGCAUGUGUGUGUAUGUGCGUGUGUGUAAUUCAGGCAAUACACCUAUGUGGUGCUACACUCUGACACUUACCAAUCACAGCUCAGCUACAAACACCAUGAUUGGUUGCUGUGUGUGUGUGUGUGUGUGUGUGUGUGUGUGUGUGUGCUUGCUUAAUCGAGAGCUUCCUGUGUCACAGAGGUGUGUGUGAAGCUGUGUGAAGUGCUCCACUCCACUCCACUUACACACCUGACCAGUUCUGAGUGUGACUUCCUUAAAUAUAAUACAGGAGAAAGAGCAAUGAAAGGCUUGCACUGUUAGUGUGUGUGUGUGUGUGUGUGUGUGUUUAAAAAAGAAAGUAAUAAGUCACAUUUAUUUUAUAUAUGUUUGAAUAAAAAUGAUCACACACACACAGAGUACAACAUGGUACGCAUAUUUACACUGCAGCAUUCACAUUCAGUUUAAAGUGCUCUUAAUAUUAACAGGAGCAAUAAAAUCUAACAUCUUUAUCAUUUUAAUUUUAACAUGCACACACACACACAUACAAUAAGGGGAACAGGUACACUGCAGUUCUCAUAAUGUUUAGAUGUUGCAUGUCAGAAAAUAAGAUGUUAUUUGCUUUAUUAUGUGAUUAGAUAUGUGACAUCACAAAUCAUGACAUCAUCACCUAAUCAUGACAUCAUCGCCCCGUGCACUGACACUCAAUCAGCAGGAUAAAAGACAAACAUCAACAUGAAUGGAAGUCAGCACUCGCUCUCUCGCUCUGUUUCUCUUUUCUGUGUGUGUGUUUGAGUGUGUGUGUUGAAUAUUCCCUGGAGAUAAAUAUGUACUUAUGAUGCAUUUGCGUAUCUGUUUCUUUCUCUUUUUGCACUGAUGCUCGCUACCACUCCUUAUAACCCUGUAACAACCCUAUAAUAACCGUGUUAUAGCGUGUGUGAUGUCAUCACUGUACCGCCCCUCUGUAAAGUUCACUGUUGUUAACAGUGAAAAUUUACCUGAAAUAAAUAAAGUAUUUCGAUGCAG